UGACAAUGCGGCGAGCGGGAAAAUUCAUUUCAGUUGUUUGGUAACGCUAUCGAGCAGAGAACACGAUGGCUAUGAGGAGUGAGAGCAGGGUGGAGGCAGAGGUUGAAGAGGAGGAGAGUUUUGGGCCCCAGCCCCUAAGCAGACUUGAGCAAUGUGGCAUCGGUGCUGGUGACAUAAAGAAACUGGAAGAUGCUGGCUUCCAUACUAUCGAAGCGGUGGCAUAUGCUCCCAAGAAGGAACUGCUUAACAUCAAGGGCAUCAGUGAAGCAAAAGCAGAGAAGAUUCUGGGUGAAGCAGCUAAAUUGGUGCCAAUGGGGUUCACCACAGCGACAGAGUUUCACCAGCGACGGGCUGAAAUAAUCCAGAUCUCCACGGGCUCCAAGGAGCUGGACAAGCUACUUCAGGGUGGCGUAGAGACUGGCUCCAUCACAGAGAUGUUUGGGGAGUUCAGAACGGGAAAGACACAGUUGUGUCACACCCUUGCAGUGACCUGUCAGUUGCCCAUUGACCAAGGUGGUGGAGAGGGUAAAGCCAUGUACAUAGACACAGAGGGAACCUUUCGACCAGAGAGACUUCUGGCUGUGGCUGAGAGGUAUGGGUUGGUCGGGAGUGAUGUCCUGGACAAUGUUGCUUACGCCAGAGCCUUCAACACUGACCACCAGACUCAGCUGCUGUAUCAGGCAUCUGCCAUGAUGGCCGAAUCCAGAUAUGCCCUGCUGAUUGUGGACAGUGCCACGGCGCUCUACAGGACCGACUACUCCGGCAGAGGAGAGCUGUCCGCCCGCCAGGGCCAUCUGGCCAGAUUCUUACGCAUGCUGCUACGCUUGGCUGAUGAGUUUGGAGUGGCGGUUGUCAUCACCAACCAAGUGGUGGCUCAGGUGGAUGGAGCGGCUAUGUUCUCUGCAGACCCCAAAAAACCCAUCGGUGGCAACAUCAUAGCACAUGCUUCCACUACAAGGUUGUAUUUAAGAAAAGGCAGGGGAGAAACCAGGAUAUGUAAGAUCUACGACUCCCCGUGUCUACCGGAGGCGGAGGCCAUGUUUGCCAUUAACGCCGAUGGCGUCGGAGAUGCCAAAGACUGAAGAGCACGGUGUUUCUACUCAGAGGAGCACACACGUAACCGCUUGGAUCCGCACAGCUUCAGCGUAACUUCAAUGUUUGAUGUCUUGGCAGAAACUCAAGCUAAAGGUUUGUUGAGAACUUGUCUGGCAAUAUGAAGCUUGUGGAGACUGCAGAAAAUAUUAACACAAUUCUGAACUCAAGUGUAUUGAGAGGUGGAUUUUUUGACAUGGCUUUCAACCCGUAGUUGCAGAAGGACUGCUUGGGAGUUGAAGGGUUUGGCGUGUCCCUGAAAGAGGUGCACGCUUCAUAAUCUCAGCCAUUGAUCCCCAGAUUGGGAAUAAUCAUAUUGGAAGUGUCGUUUACUGUAGGAGAUGCUAUAUAGUUUUCAUUUGUGGGAUUUCUUUGUUAUUGUUUGUCAUCGUCCUGCUGCCUUUGUCUUUAUUUCUGUGUUAACCAUCUACACGUUGUGUACAUAUUAUAUAUUAAAAUCAUUUUUAUGAUCAGGA